AUGAUACAUCGUGGGAUCUGGGCACCUGAAGUCAUUCUGGAGCGUCUGCGAGCACACCCAGACUUCGAUUCCUACUUCCUGAAUGAUGACACCCCAUCCGACGUAAGUUCGGGGACACAGAGUCAGGAGCAAGUUCUCGAUGGAAAGUGCAUCCGAAUUGGACGCCAGGACAACCGAAUUCCCUUCAGUUUGGCACUGAAAGGGGACCGGCCGGAUAGGGUCUGCGUCUUCUUGGAGUGCUUCUACGAUCUGGCCUGUGUGGAGCGCUGGAGUGCUCGAAUGUGCGCCUACGAGUCCAUGCUCUACGAAUACCAACUCAUGGCCACUCAUCUUGCAGCUGAGCACCUGGACACACCGGCCCCCUGUCAACCCAUUCUGCCCGGCCAAACCUUUGAGGAUUUUCGAACGCAAUUCUCUGCCUUUCAUAACAUAACUGACCUCAGUCUGGACGAUCAGUGCGUGCUGAUUCAGAUCAGACCUAACACCUGCCACCUGCUUACUAACUUAAAACCCUGUGAUCGCCGCAAAGCUUUUGGGAUUACUCCUUUAAACGCUCCCUCCCCCGCCCCGGGCCGUAGACUUGUUGGAUCCCAUAAUGGCUAUCGGCAGUCAACUGUCGCCCGCUUUCGUGCCCUUGCCAUGUCGUUAAGGUACAUUCGUCGUAAUGAGUACCUGCGUACUGAAGACUGGAUUUGGGCGGUGCCCGCACAAUGUACUGCGGUAAUCUAG